AUGGGUUACAAGCCCAAUCUCAGUCAAAUUGGCAAGCAGGCACCUUAUUAUGUCGGUGCAUCGCAGACAUUACCCAGAGGCAUAUACUCGGAUCGUAAUAAAGUGACCAUAGGAGCGCCAGUAAAACCCUUAAGAUCACAUAGCUCAAGGGGUAGCAUGGAGCCCUUAUUUCCUUAUCCCCCGGAUCAAUUAUACAGUAUCCCAGAUGGAUACUCAAGUUCUCCAGAACGAAGUUCACGUGGUAAUUAUGAGGAACCUUAUUAUAGUCAAUAUGGCACUAGAGCUUCUGUUGUUGCACCCAUUAUAGAUGAAGAGCAAAGUGAUGUUGGCAUAGCUGAGGAUCAAUAUGCACUUUAUGGUAUGAAAGUCGGACCGAGCCGUAUGCCAAGAACAAGUCAAAUGUAUGAUCCAACAAGACCCGAAGAUCUUCAUCGCAUACGCGUAGAGCAUAUGGAACGUCAAUUGGCUAAUUUGACUGGACUUGUGCAAAAAGCGUUGGUUAAUCAAAACCCCCAAAUUGCACCACUCACAGUGCCAACAUUGGAUCAAAACUAUUUGGUUGUACCCACACAAUGCCAAGCAAAUGGAUCUGGCGAUGAGUUGUAUACGAUCACUAGGGAAAAAGCACCUAAACUAGGAAGAAAUGCUUGUCAAAAAUCGGUGUCCUUUGAGAAAUCAGUAUCCUUUAGCGACGACAUACAAGGAAUACCAAAAUCGCAUAGUCCACAACAUGCCGCCGAUACAAAACCAACCAAACCAGCCAUAAAAUCAUCAACCUUACCUCGUACAUCAUCACAAGAACGAGAUCGCAUAAAACCACCACCUCCUCCAAAGCCAUUGGUCUUGGCUCAAACACAUCAGAGUUAUCGUGCAGAUAUAGCGCUUGCUCCAGAAGUGUAUAAUCACUUACGUGGUCUACAGAAGAAAGCUAAGGAUUUGCGCAUGGAAGUGCGUACUCUAAGACGUUUAUCACAGGCUCAAGCCGUUGCAGUACGUGAAGAUAUUAAAGGCGCAUUUAUGAGAAUACGUGCCACAUUAUUGGCUAGUAGUGGCAGUAAUUGGGGACAUCCCGGCGAUCAGGAUACAACACGUAUUUCACGCGAAGAGGAACUUUAUAAACAGGAAGUUAUACGAUUAGAAAAGGAUUUAAGCGAUUUGGAGACAUCUGUAGAGAGCCUGCGUGGAGAAGUUAUAAAUCGUAGAACUCGUGUCAAUAUGACAGCCGUAGAGGAUAUGGCACUCGUUUUAAGCAGAGCAAGUAAAACUGUUGCUGAACUUAAGAUGAGAUUUCCCGCUCUAUCAAAUGGAUUGCGUUGUAUCAUAUCGAAUGAAAUGGAGAAAGUAGUGCGUGAAGAAAAGUUCCUUAAAGAAGAGCCUGAUAGACUUGAGUCUGCUCUUAGGCGUUGUAAAAAGUUAACCGGCACUUUAGUAACUCUUAAAAGAUUGGCGAGUGUGCAAGAACAACGUCUUCCACCAAAUGAGCCACAAAUCAAUGAGGAACCUCCACGUUCCGCAGAAAUCUCCUCAGCCGAUAAGCCAAUCCCAACUCCCAGGAUGGGGUCGUUCACUGUCAGCGGGGGACCCCCACCCGAAAACGCACUCGAUGCUUUGCUAGAUGAAUUACAGACAUUCUCAAAGCCACUAAUACAAAACAAUGAGAUACAGAUACGUCCUGACGAUUCUGCAUCUGAUGAAAGUGCACAAGGUGUACAAAGUACAGUAACUACUCAAAUGUCCCAAGCAAGACUUUACAUACAAAAUGACACAAAUCUUCAACAACUCCAACAGCUCCAACCACAAAUACAACAAAUACAACAACUUCAACAACAGCAACAAUUGCAACAAGCACAACAGCUGCCAAUAGGAAUUGUCGGCACCAACAACAUACAAAAUCGUAUCUUAAGCAACAGUAACAAUAGCAACAACACCGUAACUUACUUGCAACACUCGAAUGUGGGCAGUUUGCGUCGCUUACACUCCUACACCAGUGGCUCCGAUGCUGACAUCUCGCCUACUCAAAAUAACAGAUCAGUCGGCAAGCCACCAGUGCCAGAACGCAAUGCAGAGCUCAUAUCUAAAGUAGGAAAUAAACGCAUACCACCACCACCACCCCCACGUACCAGCUCCCGCAGUCCACUGGCAAGUCCCACUAGCGCAAAUGCACCACAACAGCUUGCAAUUUUGAGCGAAUCUGACAGUUCCAUCAAGGAAAGCAUUGCUGAGUGCAAUAGCGGAAAUUCAAGCGGCAACGAAUCUGGCAACGAUCACGUACAGCGACAGGCAGCACUUGAGAAACGCCACCAGGAAUUAUUGAAAAAACAAAAACAAUUACAAGAACAAUAUCAACGCUUGCAGCAAAUGAGUAAAAUUUCUGGUGUUGAGGUGGCACCAAAUGCAGGUGGUACUGAUGCCAAUGGUGCUGAAGUAUUACAAAAAAUGGGCAGCGAAACGAACUUACAAUACAAUAACACAGAUUUAUCUAUAACCACAAAUGUAGGCAUUGAACAGAAUGUGAAUUCCAUAGACAAUGGCGUGGCAGUGGAGAAAUUACAAAGUAAAAUCAUAAUUCGGCAAUCGAAAGAGGUGACAGGCAACGCUGAUGCACAACUUGCAACUGGCGGCACCACAACAAAACAAGUCUACGAGACUGAGAUACUUUAACGAAAAUCGGUGCUGACGUGGCUUGAAACCGAAAUCGAUAUUUAAGCGAUAUUAUCGAUAUUAAAUGAUAAUAAAUCAUCUUCUUUCAUACAUAACUGCGAAACAGGACUAGAGACUCUAGUGAAUUAUAAACCCAGUUACCAUAUUUACAGCAAAUACAGUAAUUAUAUUUAUAUACAAUGCGAUUUAUGCAUACCUACAUAUAAUGCACAAUUUUAUAAAAGUAUUUGAAGCGAUUUUUACUGUACUCUCAUAAAUUUUUUCAUUAUUUGGACGUUUCACUUGCACCCCAAGGUCCGCAUAUAUCCUUUAUUAAAUAGCGACGAAUGUAAUUAUGCAAUCACAAGGACACAUUUGAUAAGAUUAUUUUUAAGAUACACAAUUUUUUUUAAAGAAUUCACAUGCGUUAGUGUUUAGACAAUUCACAUGAUAAAAAAUUUGAGAGUUAUACGGUUUUUGCGUAUGUAUGUAUAAAUAUAAAAGUUGGUAAUUCAAUGAAGAUAUCCUAGCAAAAGGUACUAAAAACAAAUCAAUUUUAUGAAAUCUCAUAUCUCAUAUUAAUGAGAAUAAGUAAACAAUUCUCAGAACCUCUAGAAAGUGGACAUUGAA